AUGUAUUAUGCGGACAUGAUUUCUACAUCCUCGAGUAAUUUUGAACGCCUUCUCUGUGUCUAUUGCAGAACUAUCUACACCAAUCCACAUUCUUUGGACUGUGGACACAUCUUUUGUCUUUCGCCUUGUAUUUUGUCCUUUCAAACUGACGGAGCAAGCAUCCACUGCAGUUCUUGCGGUUUUGCCUCUCCAAUAGACGGCAUAAAGGUCGAAGAGAAAAUUGGAAAGGAGGUUCGUGAUUUUAAGCUGAAAAAUGAGUAUGUUGAAAUAUCUUCCUGCCCAACUUGCCAACGUCCAAAUUGUAAUGUUUGUGAGCUCUGCAAACACUGUGAUCGCUAUUUGUGCCAUGAAUGUGCUACUUCACACCAAACUAUGUACUCAUCGGUCUUAUUCAGUCGUCUGUUAGAUUUGCAGUUGAGGUACAAGAAUUACGUGGCCCGACGUGGAGAGAUGAAGUGGGAGAAUGCGAAUGAUGCUAUAGAACGCCUUCAAGAAACAAUAGAAGGAGCUCUUUUGCGUGCUGAGAUUUGUCUCGAGUCAUUGGAAAUUCUACUCAAUGAUCUGUCUCCGAAAAUGUCCACUAAGUUGACGGAGAUUACAGGACUGUUUGCUUUGAGUGAACGAAAUGGUGGCCUGUCGAAGCGUCUUUCAAAUACGGCGUCCGAAAUCAGGAAUGGUUACCCACGAACUUCUCACAAUCUUCCUUUAAACGUUCAGAACUUUGUGAACAAGUUCCAGAAGGACUUUAGGGUGUCUAAGAAUGAUGUGGCUAGCUCUUCUGAGAGUUCUCUCACCUCGUCAUUAUCGCGAGGUUUAACACCGACACAAUCACUUGAUUUGUGUGGCCAAUCUGAUGUGGCACUGCUUACUUCUGAACUCUCGACCAAUGAAUUAGUUGCCGCUGCCAAUGAAUCCGAGCAGUCGGCUUCGAAAGGAAUACUUUACUUUCAAGCUCACGUCAAGCAGUCGAAAGUUGCUCUGCCAACAAUGGACGAAAUUGAGGAAUACUUCCGGCAAUUUGGUAAAGUGGCUGAGGUGAUACUGUGCUCCGAUCCGCCCUCUGGAUAUGUGAUCUUUGGCGAUAAAAACUCCGCAAAGAAUUCGCUUGCUGUGAUCGGUCAUUCAGUGAUGGGUUGCAAGAUAACAAUCAAUGAGGCAUCCAAAAUCUCCUUAAUACUUAAAGACAAAAUUAUGUAUUAUGCGGACAUGAUUUCUACAUCCUCGAGUAAUUUUGAACGCCUUCUCUGUGUCUAUUGCAGAACUAUCUACACCAAUCCACACUCUUUGGACUGUGGGCACGUCUUUUGUCUUUCGCCUUGUAUUUUGUCCUUUCAAACUGACGGAGCAAGCAUCCACUGCAGUUCUUGCGGUUUUGCCUCUCCAAUAGACGACAUAAAGGUCGAAGAGAAAAUUGGAAAGGAGGUUCGCGAUUUUAAGCUGAAAAAUGAGUAUGUUGAAAUAUCUUCCUGCCCAAAUUGCCAACGUUUAAAUUGUAAUGUUUGUGAGCUCUGCAAACACUGUGAUCGCUAUUUGUGCCAUGAAUGUGCUGCUUCACACAAAACUAUGUACUCAUCGGUCUUAUUCAGUCGUCUGUUAGAUUUGCAGUUGAGGUACAAGAAUUACGUGGACCGACGAGGAGAGAUGAAGGGGGAGAAUGCGAAUGAUGCUAUAGAACGCCUUCAAGAAACAAUAGAAGGAGCUCUUUUGCGUGCUGAGAUUUGUCUCGAGUCAUUGGAAAUUCUACUCAAUGAUCAGUCUCCGAAAAUGUCCACUAAAUUGACGGAGAUUACAGGACUGUUUACUUUGAGUGAACGAAAUGGUGGCCUGUCGAAGCGCCUUUCAAAUACGGCGUCGGAAAUCAGGAAUGGUUACUCACGAACUUCCUACAAUGUUCCUUUAAACGUUGAGAACUUUGUGAACAAGUACCAGAAGGACUUUAGGGUGUCUAAGAAUGAUGUGGCUAGCUCUUCUGAGAGUUCUCUCACUUCGUCAUUAUCGCGAGGUUUAACACCAACACAAUCUCUUGAUUUGUGUGGCCAAUAUGAUGUGACACUGCUUACUUCUGAACUCGCGACCAAUGAAGUGUGA